CGGACUGUUGGCCGUGACUGAUGGGCAAGACGUCAUCUGGCUUUAACAUGUAUGUUAGCUAGCUGGUAGCCCGCUUUAGCUUCUAUAUUUAGUAACAUUGGGCAUUUUACUGACCGACACUACACACUACACACAAGUGGCGGUUGGUGCCAAAUAUGUAUAAAAAACCUAAUCACGAGGGCAGUAGUUUGCUUAGAGUACAGUUAGAAUUAACCGUGUGAAAACAAGCGCGUCGGCUAGCCUGCUAGCCAGCUUAGCUAACUAUUGGCUAGCAGUCGUGCGCUAGCCGUAACCGAGUGUACCAGCAUAUAUCAGCACACUUAGUAGAUGUUCAGAGAGCGGUUUAACGGAAACAACAUCGAGUCGUCGUCUGUUUGGCGCCUUGUGGAAGGAUAAUUCCAUCCUGAGAGAAUCCGGUGGUGUAUGAGCUAUGGGGGCGUUCCUGGACAAACCCAAGACAGAGAAGCACAACGCGCAUGGUGAGGGCAAUGGCCUGCGCUACGGGUUGAGCAGCAUGCAGGGGUGGCGUGUGGAGAUGGAGGAUGCCCACACAGCCACCGUCGGCCUGCCACACGGCCUCGACGACUGGUCCUUCUUCGCCGUGUAUGACGGACAUGCCGGUUCACGAGUGGCCAAUUACUGUUCCAAGCACCUGCUUGAGCACAUUGUUGCAGCAGCACCCGCCGGUGAGCUGAGCCGCAGUGUAGAGGCAGUAAAGAGUGGCGUGCGUGCCGGCUUUCUGCGCAUCGACGAGCACAUGCGUGGCUUCACCGACCCACGCAACGGUCUCGACCGCAGCGGCUCCACAGCAGUAGCCGUGCUACUUUCACCAGAACACAUGUACUUUAUCAACUGCGGCGACUCGCGCGCGUUAUUGUGCCGGGACGCACGCGUACGCUUCUCCACUCUUGACCACAAGCCUUGCGACCCACGUGAGAAGGAGCGCAUCCAGAACGCAGGCGGCUCGGUCAUGAUUCAGCGUGUCAACGGCUCACUGGCUGUAUCGCGCGCCCUUGGCGACUUUGACUACAAGUGUGUGGAAGGCAAGGGCCCCACCGAGCAGCUGGUAUCACCUGAGCCUGAGGUGUUUGAGAUUGCUCGUCUGCCCGAUGAGGAUGAGUUUGUGAUUCUGGCUUGCGAUGGCAUCUGGGACGUGAUGAGCAACGAGGAGCUGUGCACCUUUGUGCGCUCCAGGCUGGAAGUGUCAGAGGACUUGGAGAAAGUGUGUAACGAGGUGGUGGACACAUGCCUGCAUAAGGGUAGUCGAGACAACAUGAGUGUCGUGCUACUGUGCUUACCAAAUGCACCCAAAUUGUCAGAAGAAGCAUUAAAGAAAGAUGCAGAGUUGGACAAGUUCCUUGAGUCACGUGUGGAGGAACUCUUAGAGAAAGCAGGUGAGGAUGUCAUUCCUGAUCUGGUACAUAUCAUGAGACACCUUGCCACAGAGAAUAUCCCUAACCUCCCACCAGGGGGAGGCCUCGCCAGCAAACACAGUGUUAUCGAGGCUGUGUAUAACCGGCUCAACCCCCAAAGAGAGGACGAUGGGAAUGCUGCAGACCUGGAGGACCCCUGGUAGCUGCCCAUCUCGACAGCCUGUGCCCUUAAAGGAUCCUUCAGCUCACAAGACACCCUUCAUAUUUUUGUUUCUUUUGCUCUAUAAAACCCAGAGAUUGUUUUGGGCCACCCGUGAUAAUUUGACCUACAAUGACAAACACAGUCCACUUAAUAGGAUUGUGAAUCUUUUUUUUCCACUAAACAUGAGGGAACGAGAAGAACUUCCGCAUAAGAAAUCAAAUUAAAUUACACGUCUGAGAAUAAAGACAGUUUUUGCGCUUUUUUCCUUUU